AUGUGGAAAGCUGCCGCUCUGGCUGUCGGUCUGUUAAUGGCACUGGUUGUCCUUCCCAAGCCACAGAAGGGAAACCCAAUCUACGGUGUGAAACUGUGCGGCCGGGAGUUCAUCCGGGCCGUCAUCUUCACCUGCGGAGGUUCACGCUGGAAGCGAUCUUUGGGCAUGCCAGGUGAGCUGGAAAACGAGCCUCUCUCUCAUGACACUGACAGCACAGGCAGGUGGAACUCAGCCUACAAACAGCACUUGGAAGCAGAAGCUGAAGCUUGGCGCGGCGAGGGUGAGGAUGGAGGAGUAUUCAGCCGCCAAGCACGCUCCCUCAUAUCAGAAGAGGUGCUGGAAGCCCUGCGUACUUCCGAUAGGAAGGGGCGGGACGUGGUAGUAGGGCUGUCCAAUGCUUGUUGCAAAUGGGGAUGCAGCAAGAGCGAGAUCAGCUCACUUUGUUGAUGACAUUUUACCUGUUGAUGCCCUUCCUCACCACGUCCCUUACUUUUGUGUCACAACCUCAAUGAAGUGUCACAAUCUUGUAGGCUGUUACAAGAACAAAAGACCUCAGAAAUUCUGUUACCUCAGAAAUGUUACAAAUUUCUCUGAAAUUCUAUAACAAAUAUGUAUUGUAAAUCAUUGCUGUGUAUUGAAAAUCAAUAAUAA